UUUAUCUGUGUUUUCUAUCUUUGUGAGCUUUGUCGGUUGUUAAGGUUUCGUUGGUAAUGACGGGAGAGUUGCAGGAGACGGUUGAUAAAACGGCGCCGUGUUCGGCCUUAACUGAGAAACGGCCAAAUAGACUAGGCGGUUGCGUGGGUGUUUUCUUCCAGCUCUUCGACUGGAACAAACGUUUCGCUAAAAAGAAGCUCUUUUCUCGCAAAUCACUUCUUCCUGGGAAACAAGCUUCAAAGAGGUUUGGUAGGGAUGAGAAAAUGCUCAAAUCUAAGCUUAACCUGAUUGAUGAUGAGAACAGAGGAAGUUUCCCAAAUAGAGGUGAAGUUGUGGAGUUUAAAAAGCAUGAGAUGAGAUCUCCUAGUUUGGUAGCACGUUUGAUGGGACUUGAUUCAUUACCAUCUAACCACAGAGACAAAGGGAAGAAAAAGAAACCUUCCUAUCCCCAGGUUCUGCAGGACAAUGAUAAGUGUGGGUUUGAUGAGGAGGAGGAAGAAGAUGUUGGUUUGGAUAAGUCUAGGCCACAGAAGAUGCAGAGAACAACAACAAGUGUGUGUGAUAGGCGUGUUAUGGUGAAGAAGUUUGGGUCAGAGCCAUUGCAGAUUAAGAACGUUUUGACCCGAGUUAGGAAGCAACAAAAGUACAAUAACCAUCAUCAGAAACUGGCGUCUCCUGUUAGAAGCCCCAGGCUUCAUAAUAGACGUAACUCUAGGUUGAUUGAUGCUGCUACUAGGAUUCUCGAACCGGGAAAGAGAAAUGCGAAAUACGCUAUUCCUUAUCCAGGCUCCACAGGCGUUAGAAGGCGCCAUAGUGUUGGGAAAGAGGCUGUAGAAGUUGUUGUUUCACCUGAGUUUCAACAUAAUGUUGCUUCUUGUAAAGCAUGUGGUAGCUUUGUUGACGUUCAUGGUUCUAGUCCGGUAGCUGAAGAGAUUGGAAUGAACAUGGCGUGUGUUUCUGAAUCAACACCUUUUGAAAGGAGUAAAAGAAAUGUUUUUUGGAGAAAUCAAGAACCAUCUAUGUUUGUUCCUGGUAGAGGCAGAGACUUUACUGAUCAAAUUCAGAAGAAGGCUCUACAUCCUGAUCAGUAUGAGUUCAGUGGGAAGCAUGAAAUGAUGUUGCAGAAGGCAAGGUUUCCUCCAGUAGCUCAAUCUUACACCUUACAGGGCAAAAGAGGUUGUUCUUCCUCACCUGUUAAUGCAAUGAACUGUAAAGAGAAAGACUUUAUAGCCAUGAAUAGAGGUUCAACUAGCAGGUAUCAUCAUCACCCCAAGGCACCGGCUAACUCUGAUUUGCAUCUGCUGAGAAACUCUCACACUAGAGUUGAGGAAGCUUUUCAUAGAUCAGGGUUAAGCACUCCUGCACGGAAGAGAAGGUUAGAUUGUGUGAGUGGUCAAGGACAAGGGAGUAGCUCUCUGCGUCCAGUGUCAAGACGAUCAGGAUGUGAAAGCUCUUGUGCUUGUACUAAUAAAAACACAUUUUCUCCAUUGAAACAUGGUUCCCCUCAUAAAAACUAUAGCCAACACUGUAGAGAAACCAAAGAUAGAAAAGGUGUUCCAUGUGAUAUGGGUGAAAGAGACUUAAGAACAACACUUGAUGCUGGUACUGUUGGUUUGAUUCAGCAAAAAAUGAAAGAGUUUGCUUCUCAAGAAGAAGAUGAAGCCAUAAGAGGAGGUGCAUUACCCAAUAAACCAGCAUCUUUGAUUCUCCAUGAGUUGCUAUCUUCAAUAGCACACGAGCAGCCUUAUAAUGCAGGAACAGCUUCUCGGAGGAAAGGCAAAAUAGAGAUGUGGAGUUCCAUAGGAAAUGCAAACAGCGAUUACACUAGCCCUGGCUCCGUACUAGAUGCAUCUUUCUCUAACGAGAGUUGCUUUUCAAAUAGCUUCGACAAUAUCUCAGUUCCAGGACAGAUGAGGGUGCCUCUAGAGCCUAUAGAACCAGACUGGGACGUUCUUGAAAACUCGGCAUCUUUGUUCAAGAACUCAACAAGCAGUGGUAACUAUCAAGCCAUCUCCAAUCUUAUCAGCCAUGUCUCUAACGUCCUGCGAUAUUUAAGCAACACAGGUCUCAUAUCAACACAUCAGAGAUUCACCAACGCAAGAGAAGUCAUACUCCACACCGAACUGUCCCUUGGUACUACUUCUACUAACUACCUCAUCGGACCAGAACUCUUCGACGAACUCAUGAUUUACGCAGCUCGUUCUGAACACCUUGUCAACCUCACUGGAGUAACCGGAGGGUUCCUUGUAGAUGCCAUGAUCGAACACUUGGAAGAAAGAAACAUUUCCUGCAUAUCAAAACCUUCAUCAAGUGCUGAAACUUCCGUGCUGAUUCGUGGUGUUCUUGAAGAAGUUCCAAAGUGGGCAGCAUUGGCUCUGAUUGAUAUGGACGAACUUAUCGAUAUUGAGAUGGAGAAAUGGAUGGAGAUUGAUACCCAUUCGUUAGGAGUUGGAUCAGAGAUUGCUUAUGAGAUCCUUUGGUGUUUGGUCGAAGAGUUAGCAAUAGAUCUCUUUUAA